CAACACCUCCCACUUUGCUUGCCCAUUCCUCCUCCCCCUCCAGACCUUCGUAAAAACAGGUCGCUGUUUGUAGUGGGCCUCCCUUUGCAUGACCUCAAUUAAGAACACCAGACGUAUUCUUCUCAAGCCAUUACUCGCACCAAAUUCAUGUACCCAUCUUCGUCAUGAUUUGAACCCUUAGGGUAGCUGGUCGGUGAAUUCUAUGAAUACUGACUGGGAUCGCAAAUGUCUUCAUCUUCUAAGUUCUUCAGGGUAUAGGGCUGAAAUUCUUUAGAGUAUUUUAGAGUAUUGUAAGCCUUCAAUUUGAGUCACAAAGUGUUUAGAGCUACAAUUAGAGCGAUCUUAUCUUCGAUCAGCAACCAGGUUAUAAGCCAAAUUUUGGUGCACCGAGACAUUGAUGCUUGCAGACCACGCUGGCCGGUACUUUAUCAUUCAGAGACAUGAAGCUGUGCAUGUACAAGUCCAAUCUUCCUUCUCACCUCAUGCUUGAUCAUAUAUUGCAAACUUUAGACAAAAGACAUUAUCAAUCUGGACUUUGGCUCACGUCAACAGCUGAGAAUAUGCUCUGCAUUGAUGAAUCCCAAGACUCUGUUUAGGAGUGUAGUUGGAAACCACUGCCCACGGCAGUGGCAAAGGCGUAGGAGGUUCUAAUAUUUUUCGUGGAACUUGCUGUUGAAAUCGUAUCGUGGAUCUAAGAUCAGUAUUUAAAGGAACCGAAACAUGUGGAUUCUUCAGCAGCACAAUUUGAAACCUUUUGCUCAGGAACCUCUUGCCUUUCACAUCUGUUUCAUUCCAUUCCAUUUCAUUACGCUGUUCGUGGUAUAGCCCAGCUUUACUUUCUUAACUCAUCCAUUUCAAGAUGUCUGGCUGCGGAAACUCUGCUUGUUCAUGCGGCGCUGCCUGCAAAUGCAGCACCGGCAACAGCUGCUGCCCCAUGAAAUCCAUGGACACAUUCGAGAACUCCGAGAUGAGAGGCUUUGAGGGAGCCAACGAAGGAUGCAAGUGCGGUGACAAGUGCUCAUGCAACCCUUGCAACUGCAAGUGAGGCAGCAGCAUCAAAAAUUACCACUCAUGUACUUUAUCUCCUUGAAGAAAUUUUAUUACGAAAUCAGAAAAUGGUUUAUUCUCGACAAGAAUUGAGGAGUUAUCUUCGAGAUGAAAGUAGUUCUAUUGUAGAUUUGACGAAAUAAAUAAAGUUGGCAGAAGCAUCUGCUUGAAGUUUCUGUUCAGAGGCUGGUCUUGAAAACUUACUUCAGUGGUGAGAAUGAGACAAUUGGGCCUCGAAGAAUCGGUUAUAGUCCAGAAAAUGGUGUCUGAUUGGAGAGAGUCAUGUAAUAGCGAAAGCGCUGGCGACCACUAAGUAGUAAGUAUAAUUAUGAGUCUGCCAAUGGAGACGUAAUAACAAGCA